CGCCAUUGGUUACUUCAAGCAUUGUAUUUAAAUACUGUCACAGCUUCGUUCCCUGAUUGGCUGCCGUGUUGUUAUCCCAGCAAACCACAUCCUUCCCUCUGCAAUUACCUGGAACCCCUCAUUCAGAUAGCUCAGUCAGCCAGUGCACAGCCUGCAGAGCAGGGGACAGGGCAGCAGAGGAUUGCACGCUCCCAGCGGAACACCUUGAUUCCUAUACACCAGUUGCGCACAUUAUUUGGGAAUCCUGCGAUCUGGAAAUGCUCACCAGCCUGCUUGAGACUCUGAACCUAAAUUCAGGAAAGGACAAAGCAUGUUUUGAGAAGAUGUACAAGUUGGGGGCUGUGCUAGGACGCGGUGGUUUUGGCACGGUGUACGGGGCACAAAGACUAACAGACCACACGCAGGUGGCUGUGAAACAUAUAAGCAAGAGUCGUGUGGUGGACUGGGCGCACCUGGGUAACUUCUCCCGCGUGCCAAUGGAGGUCUACCUGAUGCUCAAGGUGAAAGGUCACCGUGGCAUCAUUGAACUGCUGGAUUGGUUUGAGACACCGGACAGUUUUCUGCUGGUAAUGGAGAUGCCGGAACACUGCCGGGACUUGUUUGAUGUCAUCACAGAGCAAGGGCCUCUAGAAGAAGGUGUGGCGCGCAGCCUGUUCCGGCAGGUGGUGGAGGUGGUCCGCCACUGCCACUCUCACGGGGUCACACAUCGAGACAUCAAGGAUGAAAACCUCUUGGUCAACACCCAAUUGGGAGAAAUCAAACUCAUUGACUUUGGCUCGGGGGCUUUGCUCCGGGACUCCAUCUACACCGACUUUGAUGGAACCCGGGUGUACAGCCCCCCAGAAUGGGUGGCAUUCCGGAAGUACAAGGCGGUGCCGGCGGCGGUCUGGUCCCUGGGAAUCCUACUGUUUGACAUGGUGUGUGGGGACAUUCCAUUUGAAAGGGAUCAGGAAAUUCUAGAAGCUCAUCUCAGCUUCCGGACCAGUGUAUCUCCAGAAUGUGAGAACUUAAUCCAUUGCUGUUUAUCCACUCGACCCUCGGAGCGUCCCACUCUGGAACAGAUUCUUCAGCAUCCUUGGAUUAAGGAAGAGUGUGCAUAGUGCCUUAAAAACAAUUAGUCACCUCACCUACAAAUCUCUGAAUGCACUAAAUGACUGCCUACUAAACAUGGCUCAGGACCCUAGGGGGCUUCCUCCACUGUCCCCAGUCAGGCCUCUAGGGGCUUCCCUCACUGUCCCCAUCAGGAAACUAGGGGGCUUCCUCCACCGUGCCAGGUCAAGCCGCUAAGGGGCUCCCCCCAUUGUGUUAGGUGAAGCCACUAGGACAUGCCCUCCACUGUCUCUGGUCAGGCCACUAGGAGGUGCCCUUCACUGUCUUAGGGCAGGCUAUUAGGAUGUGCCCUCCACUGCCUCAGGUCAGGCCACUAGGUGGUGCCCUCCACUGUCUAAGGUUAGGCCAUUAUGAUGUGCACUCCACUGUCCCAGGUCAGGCCACUUGGUGGUUUCCUCCACUGUUCACAGGUCAGGCCACUAGGAUGUUCCCUUCAUUGUCCCAGGUCACUCCACUACGAUGUGCCACCCAUUGUCCAAGGUCAGACCGCUAAGGGGCUCAACCACUGUGCCAGGUCAGGCCAGUAGGAGGUGCCCUCCAAUGUCUUAGGUCAGCCCAUUAGGAUUUGCACUCCACUGUCUUUUACGUGAGGCCACUUGGUGGUUUCCUCCACUGUUCCCAGGCCAGGCCACUAGGAUGUUCCCUUCAUUGUCCAAGGUCAGGUCACUAGGAUGUUCCCUUCAUUGUCCCCGGUCAGGCCACUCGGGGGCUCCCCCCACUGUCCAGGGCGCACAAGACAUAUAAAUGUCUGAUAUACAGUAUGGCUACAGUUUCAGCUUUAUAGAAAAGGACCCUCACCACUAAAGAAGGAUAGAGUUAAUUGGACCAAACUCUACUGUAUGUCAUUUAAAAAAUACCUGAAUAUCUGUCAGUGAUGGAACUGGUUACACCCAAUGCUGACUCAUCAUCUGUUCAAACAGGGCAACCUGGUUUUAUGACUGUUGUUCUAGGACACCGUGGAUUGUGGGACAUUUUCUACGAGAGGAGGAAUGACAUUUUACCUUAACCUUUUCUUAGGAUGAUUCUCCAUGUUCCAGAACUUCAUAUGACCAUUUUAUAUCUCACUUCCACCUCCCCCCUAUGUUAAAGAGUAGAAAGCGGGUAUGAUUUAUAUAACAUCAGGGUAAACCAUCACUUUUCUAGAAGGCACAGCUGGAGGGUCCGUGCUACCUACCUUCUACUCUGGGUGAUCCUGAUGCAGUCACUUGGAGCAGCGAGACCACCUCCAUCUCUCUAACAACAGCCGGACCCAUACAGGUGACCGCCGCCUGGGGCCUCAUGCUCCACAUUUAUAGACCCUGCUCAUGGGAAGCUUUGGGGUGUCCGAGAGGCCAUGGCAGAUGCCACUGGACCAGUAAAUACUUGUGUAUUAAAUUAAUAAUGUGUCCAGAUGAUGUCUGUGAGUUUUAUAUAUGUUUUUUCUUUGUAAAAGUUUUGUAAAUAUGACUUUGUUGUAAACCCCCCCCCCCACAAAAACUGUUAUUUAAUAAAUG